ACGCCUGCCACCCUCGUGCUUCCCGGCUGUGUCAUACAUUUACAGCGGAUGUGAAGGCGAACUUCGACGACAUCCAACUUCUUUCAUUUUCCCAUAUUUUAAACGGUUUCCAGCCAGUUGUUUUAUGAGUCAAAAGCAACCCAAACCUACACUCAGUGGCCAGCGGAUCAGGACCCGCAAAAGAGACGAAAAAGAAAAGCAAGACCCUCUUGCAUUUCGAGAUGCUAUAAUACAAGGGCUUCAAGAUAUUGGUAACAAUGAUCUAGACCAGGUGUAUAAGUUUCUGGACUCGUCAGGGAGUAAGCUCAACUACCGACUGUAUGGAGAGUGUCUCUUUGAUAUACUGUUUGCUGGAGGUGUUUUAGCUCCUGGCGGAAGUAUCCUUGAAGAAGGAGAAAAAGCCACGUGGAAAACAUCUGUAUGCAUUUUUGAUGCCAAUGAUGACGAUGUCAAGACGUAUGUGCAGGUUAUCAACAAGGUUAUAGCACGGUACAGAUACCUGCAAAAAGCCUUUGAAGAUGAGAUAAAAAAGAUCUUGCUCUUUCUCAAGGGUUUCAGUGAAGAUCAGAGAAACAAGCUUGCUAUUGCUGCUGGUAUCAUUUUAGCAAAUGGCAUGGCUUCACCUACAGCACUCUCAAGCCUACUCAAUGAAAACCUUGUCAAAGAAGGACUUGCUCUGCCAUUUUUGACAAAAGUGUUCCAGGUGUGGGUUAAGGAGAAGGAUUUUGCGAGUUUGAGCUCAGCUCUGAGAAAAGCAGAGUUGGAGAACAAACUACUGGAUUUCUUCCCUCCUAACAAACAAACUCAGGAGAUGUUUGACAAGCACUUCAUUGCAAAUGGAUUAGAUAAACUUGUGGCAUUUCAGAAAGCUCAACAGACCCUGGGUACUCGGAGAAAUUUUCAGCAGCAGUUGAAAGAGAUGCUGGACAAUGAAGCACCGGUCAAGGAGAUGAUAUCCUCCUGUAAAGAAGAAAUGAAGAAAUAUGAGCUCUCUGAAGAUGAUGUUGUGUUCCUGGUUUGGAAAAGUUUAAUGCGUGCUGUGGAAUGGAACAAGAAAGAAGAGCUUGUUGCUGAUCAAGCUCUGCGUCACCUCAAGGUUUAUGCUCCAUUGCUUGCAGCUUUUACCUCACAAGCCAAGUCUGAGAUGAAUCUUUUGGUCAAGGUUCAGGAAUACUGCUAUGAUAACAUGAACUUCACAAAAGUAUUUCAAAAAAUGGUGCUGUUGUUGUACAAAACUGAUGUUCUAAGUGAAGAUACCAUCAUCAAGUGGUACAAAGGAGGGUACUCCCAGAAAGGAAAAACUGUUUUCCUUGAGCAGAUGAAGAAAAUGGUGGAAUGGCUUCAGAGUGCAGAAGAAGAAACAGAGUCUGAAGAAGAAGAAGAGGGAGCUUAAACAUUUAGAAGUGUUACUCUGUAAACUACUCUGACUGAGUUAAAUGAUAAAUGCAUUGUAGUGUGUAUUAAAUUGAAAUAAAUAUUAUACUCUUGCAAAAGUUU